AUGGAGACUUUGGUUAUUUUAGCCUUUGCUAUUUUAUCCAUUAGUGCGUCUGCUUUAGGAAAUGGAGAAGAUUUGAAGACUCAGGAGCGCUUGUUUUUAAAUUCGUUGGGCCUCUCCGCUCGGCCGAAGCCGUCAGCACACCGCCGCGUUCCCUCCGUGUUGUGGAGGAUGUUCAAAAGUACCAGCACCCGGGACAACGACACCCACGAAAGCGACCCGUGCAUGGUAUCCGAGUAUGGAGUUCGCGGGAACAUUGUUCGAUUUGUGCAGGACCAAGGUGAGCUUUAUUUCUGGCUCUCCUUCCAUCAUGCAUGUCCCCCAUAGACUUCAUUCUAUGUGGUUAAAAGGGUCAAUCUGCGAUUACUACUUCCAUUUUUAAAAAACUUUUAAAUGAACGAUAUUAAGGCUACUCAUUUUACAUUUUACAUUUUAGUCAUUUAGCAGACGCUCUUAUCCAGAGCGACUUACAGUUAGUGAGUGCAUACAUUCUUUUAUUUUUUUAUUUUAAUUCUUUUUUUAUAUAUAUAUAUAUAUUUUUUUCUCCAUACUGCCCCCCCCGUGGGAAUCGAACCCACAACCCUGGCGUUGCAAACGCCAUGCUCUACCAACUGAGCUACAUCCCUGCCGGCCAUUCCCUACCCUACCCUGGACGACGCUGUGCCAAUUGUGCGCCGCCCCAUGGGUCUCAUUGAUUCUUGAAGAAUAUAACUUAUAAAUAAAGCCCAUGAGUUUAGUUAAACGGUUGUACUCCACCAAAACAUAAGCUAGUCUUACUCUGUUUGCCAAAAUGUUUCUGUUGUAAACCACUGUAGUUUUUAACCAUGUUUUCAGGCUAUCAUUUUGAUAUCAUGGAUGGGCCUUCAUUGCAUCCGUAGGUCUGUAUGAAUUUGAGUGGUUAGGCUACAUUUCCAAAGCCACAUCCCUCAGCUGUUUACCUAAAAGGUGGCGGGUAUGCACUUUGUUAUUGUUGGAAAUGCAGAUUGCCCCUUUACGAUCAGUGGAUGACGGAGGAAUAUCUGGUUUUAAAAUAUUAUCAGAAUUACAGUUUAAGAGUAAUUAUUGAGCUACAUAGGCAUGCAUACACAAUCCAUUUAUUUUUAAUUUUUUUGAUAUUUAAGAGAUACUGUACCUUUUUGUUUUUCAAAACAAUUGCAUCUGGAGUUCAUUCACUUCCUGUUUUUGGGCCAAAAUUGACCAAUGAAAGAGAAACGAGGUGGACAAAGUCAGAACAAUUGGUCUGUUUAUUGCCUAUAGGCUACUGACUCACAAUGCAAAUUAAGUUGUAAAAUGAAACGUAGGUCCUACUUCUAGAGUGUGAACUUAAUAUGUAUUUUUUUUUUUUGUCUGUCCUCUUCAGGUAGACUGGUGUCAGGCUGGAGCGGCAGCUGCCACGGCUGUGUGGAGAAACAUCUGUUCUUCAACAUGUCCGUCCUGCAGCCUGUGGAGCAGCUCUCUCUGGCGCAGCUGGAAAUCAAGUUCCAGUGGGACAUGUUCCGCACACCAAGGUUCGUCCUGGGCCCACAGGCGCUCAGCGUAUCCCUGUACAAGGUGCUGCGUGCGACCCUGAGGGGAGCGAGCCACGAGGCCAACCGCAGGCUGGUGCUGUCCCAGUCGGUGCAGCUGGAACCAGAGCCCGGAUCCCUCACCCUGGACCUCACGGCGCUGGCAGAGAACUGGCGUAAACCGGGUCAUAACUACGGACUGGUGCUGGAGCUGCAGCCACAUCCAGCCCACACCCUGACCACGGACACCUUCAUGGCCCAGAACCUGGCGAACGCCGUCCCGUUUGGGCCGACCGUAACCCUCCCAGAUUUCCAUGCCUCACUGGUGGCUGUAUCCCUGAACCCGCUCCAGUGCCGCUCUCGGCAGAAGAGGAGCGCCGUCUACCUCCCAGUGACUCCCAGCAACGUGUGUAAGCCCCGCCGCCUCUACAUCGACUUCAAGGAUGUGGGCUGGCAGGACUGGAUCAUCGCUCCGCAGGGCUACCUGGCCAACUACUGCCACGGAGAGUGCCCGUUCCCACUGAGCGAGAGCCUGAACGGCACCAACCACGCCAUCCUGCAGACACUGGUGCACUCCCUGGACCCCCGCGGCACACCCCAGCCCUGCUGCGUACCCAUCCGCCUGUCACCUGUCUCCAUGCUCUACUACGACAACAACGACAACGUAGUCCUACGUCAUUACCAGGACAUGGUGGUGGAUGAGUGUGGCUGCAGAUGA